AAUAACAGAGGCCAUUUUGCGCACGAAGCCACGGCAUCAUUCAAUAAUAAUACAAGCGGAAACAGGAGGCAGGUUCAGUCCAUUUCUGGGCAGGAGCGAGUGCUUUAAAGCAGUGCAGGACCGCGGUGCGCCUGGCGCUUGUAGUAAAAAAAACAAGACAUGCGGUAACUUCUGCCACCGCCGCUACGUUGCCUCUUCCUUGGAGGUUUGAGUCGUAAAACGUGGAGACAGAGCGACCUCUUCACCGCAUUGCUAUCCGAGCCCCGGUGACCCCCGAGAGGAGAGGGAGUUGCCUUCAGUGACCAACACCCGCAACAUCCAUGCGCGUCGAAAAACAGGUGUACGGUUUCAUCACAAGGACACCGCACUAGCUUCCGCUGUAGCUCGCUGUGUUUGAGUGUGUAUACCUGAGUCAUUACUCAUGGAAGAAACUGCUUAUCUGACGAUAUGUUGCGGAUUUAGUCGAGUGAAGCAGCUGUCGUUUUAAGGCAUCAAACGGGGUAAGAUCUGGGAAUACAGCUUGACCCGGGAGGAGAGACUUAUCCUGAGUGGAGGGUAGAAGACGAAAUAAUAUAUCAGAGUACAAGAAGAGACAGAGGGAGGAAAAGCACUUUGGCUCACUUCUCACCUAUACCUGACUCUUCAUAGCAAGUCUCCAGUCUUUUGGUUUUAUGACGGAAAGUGUGUCCCCCUGCAGUAGACCAGUAAGAAGUGCUCUUCAAUAUGAAUACAGAUAGCGGAGGAUGCUCUCGCAAAAGCUCGCACAUGCUCUCUCCCAUGAAGAGGGUCCAGAGCUCUCCAAAUCUAGGCUCAGAGAGUGAGUGUCACUUGUCAGACUUGGAUUCUUGGCGGUCCCGAAGUGUAACAGAUGGCCUUAAGAAUGGAGACACCAGCAACUCGUCUCUAGCUGCCAAAGGCUUCCGCAGUGUCAGACCCAACCUGCAGGACAAAAAGUCUCCAACACAGGGGCCUCCCUCCCCUGACCCCACAGCCCGGCACUCCCCCUAUCGCUGCCACAGCUCAGAGUCACUGGACUACCUGCCAAGCCUAAUGCUCAAGGCUCUGUCACCCAGCCCGUAUGUUGCUAGUGGAGCGGGUGCAGCCAGCAGGCCGAGCCUCCCAUUGGUCAGCGGUAUGAUCGGCGGGGGCUGUGCGUCGCCCUCGGCUUCCCCCUUGACGGUGUCAGCUCUCAGCCACUACUCGUCGUCCACGGCGGGCCUGCUGGACGAGCUGCAGAUCUGUAGCCUGGACUCCCCCGGUGCCUCCCCCACACCAUCGCCCACGCUCAGCCUUGUCUCCACCUACACAUCCACUGUUGGCCCUGAUGAUGUGCUAACAACCUUUGUGGCCUCCACUGCUGCAGCAGACGCUGUUACUAAUGGCCAGGUCCUCUCUUAUGCUAUGAAUGGAAGUGCUCCUCAGAGGCCCAUGUCUCCUCCAUCUUAUCCCCCUCCCCCCACCUCCUUCCACACUGGGCUCCAGAGACAGAGCAGGAGUUCAGAGGGCAGCGAGUCAUUUCACAGGGAGUCUGUGGUGCUGGGCCACACCAGUGUCAGCAGCAUGGUGCCCAUCGCCCGCUUCACAGAAGAGGAGAAAAAGAUGUCCGUUAUUAAAGCCCCUCAUUAUGAAGGCAUCGGCCCUGUGGACGACUCUGGCAUCCCUAUCGCCAUCCGCACGACGGUGGAUAGGCCGAAGGAUUGGUACAAAACUAUGUUCAAACAGAUCCACAAGGUUCACAAAGCAGAUGAUGACUAUUCUGACACGUACAAUGCAACAUACGCUGUCAUAAACAAUGAUGACUACAGCGUGUCGUCCGGCACCACCAUGGCCCACCCCGCUCCCCGAACACACACGUACAGGCCACUCGCCAAAAGCCCCUCGGACAAUGGAGGGCAUCUGGGCCCUCGGGAGCCCUCGCCAUCCCCUGUACCCCCCCCACCUCCAUCCAUGCCAUCCCUCCUCCAACUGAGGGCCAGAGACAGUGACCGUGAGAGAGACUCGCCCGACACGAAUCAGUGGGGUCCUCCCGACAGGAAAGUGGAUACUCGAAAGUAUCGUGCAGAGCCUAAGAGUAUUUUUGAAUACGAGCCUGGGAAGUCCUCCAUUCUGGAUCAUGAAAGACCAAACUAUGAUGACAUAGAUUUAGAGAACGAGCCUUGGUAUAAGUUCUUUUCCGAGCUGGAGUUUGGGCGGCCGCCUCCUAAAAAAAGGCUGGAUUAUAAUCCAGACAUCUCCGCUCGCCAACGCAUUGAGACAUCCCUGCAUAUUCCUCCUGCUGACACGGCUCCAGAGAGACCUGCGAGUGCUGCCAGUGACUACAGGAAGAGAAGGAAGUCUGAGCCGUCCAAUUCCCAAGUGAAUGCCCAGUCUCACAACAGAGCUGUGACUUCGCCUAAACCAGUGGAUGCCUACAGACCGAGCAGCAGCCUAAAGAAGCCUGUGGUUCGUUCCUCACCAGCCUCACCCGCCAGAGCCAAAGGUGGGGACGCAUGCAACAUGUAUCCAAAAAGUUUGACCUCCCCAGGUCCUUAUCAACCAACCUUUCUUCCCCCUGUCCCCUCUGACCCUGACGCUGAGGAUGCCAGCCAGGAAGGCAGCACCUCCUCUAAGCAGUCUGUCUUUUGUAAGAACAGUUGGGAGACAAAAUGCGAGGAUACUGAGACUUGCAGCAGUGCUGACGAGGUCCCGCCCAUCCCUGGCAAGAUUAAGUCACGUAGUUGUGACGACCUACUCAACGAUGGGCAUUCUGGCGGUGGGCGAGCCACCCGCUCAGAAAGUGCUGGGUCACUGGUUUGUGAUGGGAAUCCCUCAGGUUCCACUGGAUCCAUCUCCACUCACUCAUUGCCUCGCCUCCAUCGGCGCCGGGCACACGAUUCACCGGGCUUUCUCAAGCUCUAUCGUAAGAUGCACCAUAUCGACCGCACUCAGCUCAUCCCAUCUGAAGUCAUCCGCUCAGUCCGUGCUCGCAUCCUGGAACUAGAGAGCCAACCUCACCUUCAUCUCCAUCGCCUCUCUCCGUUGACACCCACCUGGGGCAUGGAGGUGCAACCCGAUACGGUGCCAAGUCACAUUUCUACAUUUGAGAGCCUUAUUCAGAAGUCCAAAUCCAUGCCCAACUUGGACGGUGAGUUGCCUUCUGGCACUACCACGCCAGGUGGCUCGUCUUCUCGAGCCAGCAGUGGUGGCGGUGGUACACCUAGUUUUCCUAAACGCCGUUUUUCCAUAGAAUCUUUACUCGAGGAAGACAACAACGGCAAUGGUGGAACAGUACCUCACAGCAUGGACCACCUGCAUCGACCCCGCAGCCCCCCUGAAGGCCAGCCUCGUAUUGGGCCAGAGCCCGGCCGUGGGCGGUCCUUUCCUGCUCCUCCUGUUCCCAAAGGCCCACAAGCCAACCCAGACUACUCUGACAGUGAACAGGACGCUAUUGCGUCAGACCUCAGUGACUUCAUUCAAGUGGAGGGCUCCUCAUUCUGCAGUGAAAGUGACUUUGACCAUUGCUCACUAACCUCUUCUGAGAGCUUGUACGGCUCUUCUAACCUUCACCACCACCACCUCCGUCAUCACCACCACCAUCACCAGCCUGGACACCAGAGUCUAGGCCAGAGCCAGGGCUACCAACACCGCCACCUCAUCAGCUCCUGCAAAGGCCGCUGUCCGGCCUCUUACACCCGUUUCACAACAAUGCUGAAACAUGAGAGAGAACGAGCGCGCCAGGAGCACCAGAGACCUUCACAGCCGAGCCGCAGCAGCCAUUCCCAAAUCCGGAGUGCACAGUCCCAGCAAGCGAUGUCCAAGCUGGCCUUCCUGGUCAGCCCAGUGCCUUUCCGCAGGAAAAAGGGCUCACCACCUACCUCUAGAAGAAGCAGUGGUGGCGAUCGAGGUAGCAGAACCAAGUCCAAACAGGACAUUUAUGAAGCACUGGAUGCAGCCUUGAGAGACAUAUAUGAGCACAUCCAAGCAGAGAGAGGCCACAGAGGAAAUAGAGCACCUGAUGACAGCAUCCUGAGGAGAAUACUGUCAGAACUCCUGCCAAAUGUGCCUGAACGAAGCUCUUCAUUGCGGGGGAGGAGGGGCUGUUGGCAGGGCGGUCAGUCCUCUACAUCUUUGUACCCAGAUGGGAGCCCCACUGGGUCCUCCUCACAAAGAGGGGAUCCCUCCACACCGCGGCUACAGUCACCAAUCAAUGCCUGUUACGACGCCUCAAACAAUAAUGAGUAUGAAGAGGAGCAGGGCAAUGGAAAUGGUCUCAGUUAUUCAGACCAGGAUGUAUCCAGGUGUUAUUCUACCGUGGAUGGACGCCACACACCCCAGAGUAGAAGACCUACUCCUGAUAGAGAGGUCUCCCAUAAACAGAUGACACAACUUAUUCUGUUCUCUCUCCUCCAUCAGAAACAGCCUGCAAGAGCCAUUUAUGAUUUUAAGGCACAAACAGCUAAGGAGCUGACAUUUAAGAAGGGUGAUGCAGUGAACAUCAUCCGACAGAUUGACAACAACUGGUAUGAAGGAGAGCACCGCGGACGGGUGGGGAUAUUACCCAUAUCAUAUGUAGAAAAGAUGCCAUCCUCAGAGAAGCAGCAGCCGAUCCGUCCUCCUCCACCAGCACACGUCAGAGAGAUCGGAGAGGCAAUAGCUCGCUACAACUUUAAUGCUGAUACUAACGUGGAGAUGUCUCUCAGAAAGGGUGAGAGAGUAAUUGUGAUAAGGCAGGUGGACGGGAACUGGUACGAGGGGAGGAUCCCAGACACAACCAAACAGGGCAUCUUUCCUGUGUCGUAUGUUAACAUCAUCAAGCGCUCCCCGUCCAAGAGCUCCGCCCACCACAUAGACCCACAUGGUUACCCUGGCAACAGGACACCCAGCUCUACACCUACCAAGCGAUUAGUACAGGACGCACUGCAUGGUGGAGGAGACCCGUACCAGGCCGUGUACAACUACAUGCCUCGCAACGAGGAUGAGCUGGAGCUGAAGGAGGGGGACGUUGUAGACGUGAUGGAGAAAUGUGAUGAUGGCUGGUUUGUUGGGACCUCGCGAAGGAGCAAGUUGUUUGGAACCUUCCCAGGAAACUACGUGAAGCAGCUAUAAUGAUGAUUCCAGACUCCGCCCCUUCCUGUGACACUUCAGCGCCCUCAGCACAGCACCCGCAGGACACCACCUCCCAACACCGGCCCCUCCGCGUGUACGCGUGGCUCGUCAGCUGCACACAGACAGAACAUUUAGCUCUAACUAGCCAUGUUUAAUGGAAAACUUCUAUAAAAUAAUAUUGUUUUUUUUAUCUUAUCUUUUUAUCCUUAUUUUUCUAUGAUGGAGAACCCAAACUUUUUGCUCCAGUCAGUGACCUUUAACUUUUGAUGGAAAGAUAUCAAAGGAACUUUGCAAACAGUCAUUGAAAGGAAACGGCACCGCGUGAUGCUUCUGUAAGAUCACCACACACCACCUUUUUUUAUUUUUCUGCAGUAUGUCAAACCUAAAAACACUCGUUACAUUUCACUUCAGUGUUCAUUUACAAAUACCCCCAAAGACAUUCAGUGCAUUGUGUUGUAUAAACAGUAUUCUGUCGACAGGUCUGUUGUAUACGAACUGUGUUGAAGGGAUUGCAGCCAGUGUUUCAGGUAAAAGGAUGUUACUCUCCACACUGACAUGUGGGAAAGUGUGCAUGUUAGGCAUCGCCCAAUGUAAUGAUUGGUUGAUAAGAAUUUAGGAAUAUGAGAGACUAUCAAUAUUAAGCAAUCAUUUCAAAAUCUGCGAAAAUAUCAUUGGCUCUGUUGCACAUGCUGUCUAAACCUAAUACAUUAGAUUACAAGUAUAACAUUAGGAAACACGAAAAAUAUUUUCGACUUCUUCACACUAGGAUUAAUGCACUUUAAGGACAUUUUAACACCAUUUUGUGUUUGUUUUAUCUAAAGUUUCACUUCAGAAUUCCCACACUACACUUUAAUAUGUGUAUUGGGCCUCGGGCUGGAUUGGACAUGUUUUGAAAAGUGUAUGCAAAAAGGUUACCAACGUUUUAGGUAUUAUAUUUAUUAGAGGGUAAUUGUUGGUCAAAAUGUGUAUUAACACAAUUUUAGAAAGGAUGGAACAACAUGAUUUUCUAACAAAUGUCAACAGCAGGAAACCCUCAUUUGAAGGCUUGGUAUUUUCUUGUAAGGUAUCUGCCAGGAUAGGUGCUGAGUUACAAGUAACACAAAAGUUCAUGGGCUAUAAUCAUGCCAGGUGUAAUGAUGUUUUAUGUUGAAUUAUUUAAGUCAGAUGAAGGAUGAGAUAGCAUUUUAUCAAAGACUUCAGUCAUGUUACUGCAGUUUUGUUUUUUAACCCUGUUGUAAGAGUGAAUGAGUCACUACUUAUUUAAUAUAUCGGAGGUUUCGAUCUUAGCUUGUCAUGCUCAGUGAAUGUGUUUAUUCUCAUGUUACGUGUCGCAUAUAGGAUGAACACUGACAACAAAACAAUUGUUAAAGCACCUUAAAAUAUUAUUUUAUUUUAUCAUUCAUUGUCCUUCACGUCACCCCCUGUCAUCCACUGUUUCAGCUGGUGUGAGAACACUGUGUGUGUGAGUGUGUGUGUCUGUGGUAUUUUUGUAAGCCUUUUGUAUGAGAGCUGUAAAAUGGCCAACAUCCACUUGCUUUAUAAAGUCAGCUUUUUUCUCACCCACCAUCAUAUUUGGUUUCUUCUUCUUCUUUCUUCACAUUAUUCAUCAGUGGUGCUAAUUUACGAUUUGUAUUAUUGUAGCUCGGCAUGUAGGCCUUUUUCUCUCCAGUUAUUUGUUGCAGCAGUGACGUAUUUAAACUGAAGUUACUGUAGUUAGUGAGCAGAGUUGGGGAUUGCUGCCUUACGUCCAACUCACUAAUUUAAUAGCCAUGUAUACGUAAACCUCUUCCCAUGAUGCAAAAAAUUCAUUUAUGCAUAUGUAGUCUAGAAAACAUCAGGAAGUGUGCACAGAAUGAAACUACAGUGUUGAAACAUACAGUAAACCUCUAGUCUGCUUUGAUACAACACAGGAUCACAUUUGGACUAAAGACAUGAAUUUGAAAAUGUUUAUACAUGUAAUGAAAUUGUCAAUCUGAUAUGUUAUUCAUGUUAAUAUCAAAUACAAUGCACACUCUUGGACCUAAGUAUUUCUACAAUAUCUUAGCAUAUGUUGGAUCGUUUUUUGGGGCUGUAUUGCUAAUAAAAUCCAGCUGGUAGAUGAA